CUGUUGCAUGGCAUUUUGAGCUUCGGUGUUUGGUUAUAUUUUCACAAGUGUUGUUCGGGAGAAUUUUUUUUUGUGUUGAUGAUUAUUGUGUUUUAUUUUGGAUUUACGAAUCUGUGAAACCUAAUAAUGAAUUUUUUUUUCAAUGACGUUUGAUGAUACCAGCUCAUUAUAAUUGAUGAGAAUGGAUAAAAAAAUGGAUCUCUCAUUGAUCAAAUUGUUGAUGAUCAUUUGGUCAAUCAAUCUAUAUCGAUCUCUUGUAUGGGCUAAUCUGGAUAAUACUUUUUUUGCUAUGACAAUGAAAUCAUAUAGAAAUCCGGCAAAUUGUUAUCGACCGGUAAAAAGAUGUAUUCCAUUAAAUACAUCAUUAUCUUGUUUAGAUGUAUCUUUACCGUAUAAAUUCACCGCAUAUUCAUUACCAUUCGAACAAUCAUCAUCAUUAUCAUCAGUAUUGAUAGAUUAUCAACAAAUGAUCGAAAUGACACGUUCCUAUUUAGAUGGCUGGAAAGGUUUGCGAUCAAUACCACAAUGUUGGAAAGCAUUACAGACUGCAUUAUGUGCAUCAUUCUUUCCACGUUGUGAUAAUGACAGUUCACGUGUCAUAUUGCCCACAUAUGAAAUGUGUCGUCUAACUCGUGCACCAUGUCGUAUUAUUGAUGAACAUUUUCGUUGGCCAUCAUUUCUUCAAUGUGAAAAUGAAACAUUUUUUUCAACCAAAUGUCCUAAUUCGUAUACAGAUUUAAAAUUUUCGACAACAAUUGUUCAGAGUCGUUGUCCAGCACCAUUAGUAUCCACUGAUGAUAGCCGUAUCUAUUAUCAUGGAUUCGAUGGUUGUUCAUUGCAUUGUAUAAAUCCUGUCUAUAGUGCCGAACAGUAUGAAAAAAUGUCCAAAAUUAUUACUUAUGGAUCAGUAUUAGGAUUAAUAACAACAUUGUUUGCCAUUUGUUCGUUUAUUAUUGAUCGUGCUUGUUUAAAACGACGUUUUUAUACAUCGGUCAUAUUUUAUCUAAAUUUAUGUAUGAUGAUGUCUACUACCGGUUGGAUGUUACAAUUGCUCAAAGGACGUAAUGAUAUUGUAUGUCGAUCGGAUAAUACGAUCCGUUAUGGAGAACCAUCAAAAUCCGAUCAUUUUUAUUGUUGUCUAUCGUUUUUGCUCAUCUAUUAUUUUUCAUUAGCAGCAUCCAUAUGGUUUGUUCAUUUGUUUCGUGUUUUUUACAAAACAUUUUAUGGACUUUCCACUGGCAUGAAAAUGGAUUUCAAUAAAUUUCAUUUUCACAUGUUCGCCUGGUCGAUACCACUUAUAAUGACCAUAUUGAUAUUUUUAUUAGGUGAAAUUGAUGCCGAUCCAUUGCGUGGCAUUUGUUUUGUCGGCACUGUUAAGCCUGUUUAUCGAAUUAUUUUUGUACUGGUUCCGCAAACAAUUUGUAUUGGAACUGGUCUAUAUCAUGCAUGUCGUACAAUGUUCAUAUUAUACAGUGCCAAACAAAAAUGUGAAAAUCAAAAUUCUCGUCGAAGUGAUAACAUUUGUUGGGCAUUAAUACGAAUAACAUUCUUUUCGGCUGCCAUAUUAAUCAUCAAUCUAGUCACCUCUGGCACAUAUUUCUAUGAAUUGUAUAUUAAAGAUAAAAAUCUAAAACAAUUCAAUGAUCAUCUUGUUUGUGAGCUCAACAUAAGCACCGUAUUACCGGCCAAAUAUCUUUUUAGUAAUGGAUCAUUGCAAAACAAUUAUAGACAUUCGAUUUUAUCGUCUAAUGAACAUAAUUAUGAAAUGUAUGGAAAUGGCUAUGUUAGUUCAUGUCGUCAAUACGAACCGCCAAAUUUAUGGUUCGUUUGUCUACAACUGAUAGCCAUAUUUUGUGCACCUAUUCUAACAUCAAGCUGGAUUUGGACCCGAGCAACUAUUUCUACUUGGCGAAGAUUUCUUAAUCGUCAGCUUUGUAAUUCAAGCAAAGAAUCCAAAGAAUCUUUACGAUUAAAACCAUAUGAAUUGAUUGCCAAUUCAUAUCAAAAACGUGAACAAAUCCAACAAGGAUUAUAUGUACCAAGCCUUGCAUCUAAUCACAAUGAUCCAGUUGAUAUGGACAUUAAUUCGGCUCAAUCACAAAGUGUAUCAACAAAUUUUCAGCAAAAUUUUGCUGCCUUAUUGAAUCGUAGAUAUGCUAUUUGGGGUGGUAACAACAAUAACGAAAAUAUAGUAUUUGUUAAACAUCAAUUUGAUCAGAAAAAUGUUCGACAAACUACCAAUUAUCCGACACCAAAUACGAUACGACCAUCAUCAUUUGUAUCGCAAAAUUUAUCUAUAUCCGAUGUAUCUCAGCAACAGGUUUCAUUCGAAUCAAUGGAACAACAAAAAAUGACCGAAAUGGCUACUUAUCAUCGCAAUCAACGACGUAAGAAAAAGAAAGAACGUGAAAAACGUUUGUUUACUCGUCGUGAUAGUGAUACAUCCGGUAGUAUAAUAUCGGCUGCAUUUACUGCCACUAAAGCUGCGAAUAGAUUACGAGAAACGACGACACAAAGAAUGGCAUCCAAUCACACAACAACUGCCAAUACAAAUUCAUUUGUCACAAAAGCUACAUCAACUGGCGACUUAUUCAACAUUCUAUUUGGUCCAACAUCGGCAACUACAGCCAUGAUGAAUGGUUAUAAUCCUUAUGCUAUGGCUAUGAUGCAAACUGCUGCAGUAGCUGCAGCUGGUACAAUUCCUCAACCAUCAGUACAUUCGCAAUCGUUUAUGACGCACGGAUCGACAACAGCAGCAACAGCUCCAAUGUCUAUGGCUCAAAUUGUCUCAAAUACUUCACCAAAUCAUGCACAAACGAUUAUUAUGAAUGAAACAAAUUGUCGGGCAACAAGUAUGGCGUCUAAUUCAAAUGAACAACUUGUUACCGGUGGAGGAUGUGUACGUAUGCAAAAAGAUCAAUGUGUUUCAACAUUUGCUUUCACUCAUGGUAUGUCCGAUCAAACUAACCAUACUAUUGUGAAUCCUAUGAUGGAGAAACGUCGACCUGAUAGUUCUAUACGCACCACUCAACAACAAUCAAAAACAAACAUCAAUAAUGAAGUUGGCUUUUCAAAUCUGGUCAUUGUAAAUCAGGCUUCGGCUGGUGCAACGAUCAGUCCCUUUUCCAAUUCUAACUAUAUUAUGAAUACGAUGUCAACGACAAAUCAUGCAGCAGCUGUCACACCUGCCAUAUAUCCGGUACCGAAUGUUGCGGCCGCUGCUUAUCAUCAACAUCAAAUGUAUACGAAUAGUCAAGCAGCAGCAUUAGUUGCUGCAGCUGCAGCUGCCUACGGUGGAUAUCAUCAUCAUCCACCACCACCCCCAACGCAACCAUUACCAACUAAUAUGUUAGCAGCUGCAGCAGCAGCCGCAUCAAUACCACGAUAUUAUAAUACACAAGCCGCAUUUCUUGCUUAUCAACAAUCAAAAAGUUUGGCCGAAAUGGAAAACCUAAUGCGUGAACAUGAAAAAUUUAAAAGUUUAGUUACAGCUCAUCAAAGCGAUACCGAAAGUAAUUCAGAAUUUCUUCCAAUAAAUCUAACCGAAUCAGAAUCAUCAAGGAAUGGUUACUAUUCGGAUGAUCAUCGACAAUUACAAUCAUCACGAUUAUUGGUGCAGGAACGAAUGAAACAGGUUGAAGAUCAAGUAGAUCAACAACAACAACUACAACAAGAGAAAAGUAUUGUCCAAAAUGACGAUGAUGAUGAUGAUGAUGACGACGAUGAUGAUGAUGAUGAUGAGGAAACUGAAACAAAUUCCAAAGAUGAUGAUGAUAAUCAAGUUGAAAAUCAAUUAAUUCAAAACAAAACCAAAUAAUAACUGAGAAUCUUA